AUGUUACCGCAGCAAACCAAACGUAAAAUCAUUAUCAUCGGCGGCACUGGAAAACAAGGUUCAGCUGUAAUUACUGCUCUCCUGCCAUCGAAAUCUACAUCAUCACUUCAUUUGCUCACACUCACACGUAAUCUACAGUCGAAAAAAGCUCUAGAAUUGAAAGAACGUGAAGUUGAAUUAGUGCAAACAGAUCUAGAUGAAGCGACUGUCGAUCAGUUAGCAAAUGUAUUCCAAGGUGCCGAUGGUCUUUUUAUCGCACAAGCCAUCUCUGAUAAAGAAGUGGAACAGGGAUGUAAGAUCAUCAAUGCAGCUGAAAAAGCAGGUGUUAAACAAGUUGUGUACUCAAGUGUUUGUCGAGCACACGAUGCACCUAAUGUUCCACACUUUCACAGCAAAUUUCUCAUCGAAGAAUAUCUCAAACAAUCCUCCAUUAAAUAUUAUACAAUUCUACGACCUUUUUCAUUUAUGGAAAAUCUUUUUUUCGCUACUCGUCAUGAUAAAGAAAAGGUUUGCUUUUUUACUGAUCCUCAGACAAUUGUGAACCAUAUCGCAUGUGAAGAUAUUGGAAAGGUUGCGGUGACCAAUAAUAUGUCGAAUGAUGAAGUCCGUUCUCUCGAUGAUCGAUACCGUUAUACUGACGUGGACGAAGAGCCCGAUGUAUUCUUACCUCCUUUACCGAUACUUGAUACUGGUAAAGAUCUUUUAAAUAAAGUGGCGUUUUCAUUGAAAAAAUGUACAUCUCCGAAAGAUGGACUAACACAAGAACAAUCUGCGGCUUUGUAUUUAUACUCACUUCCGGGACCAUUUUAUGAUACAUUUAAUGGUGCAUUGCGUAAUGAAGAUCGCAAUAAAUCAAUUCCUUUCUCCGAUUAUUACCAUUUAUUUAUGUCUGCACUGAAUAAGUUACCAUCAGUUCAGGAUAGUGUAUGGCGUGGUGUUACUGCCGAUUUAAGCGCUCAAUAUCAAUCAGGAUCCGUACAUAUUUGGCAUGCUGCUAGUUCAUGUACAGACCACGUAGCUAUCACUGAUACUUUUCUUGAUAAAAAAAAGCAUCGAACACUAUUUAAUAUCAAAUGUUAUAACGGCAAGCCAAUAAAAAAUCAUUCACAUUAUGUGAAAGAAAACGAAUUGAUUCUGCCACCAGGUACAUGUAUACGAGUGAUAUCUCAAUCGAAUCCUGCAGACAACUUACAUAUAGUUGCUUGCCAAGAAGUUGAACUUAGCCCUGCAGAAAUGAAUGCAAUAGCAAGUUCUGUUGCAAUGCCAGGUCAUAUACCUAAAAAUGCUUCCAUCUUCUACUUAUUUUGGUUGGAUCCAAAUGUCAACAAACCACAAGAAAAUGUGAAAACACAAGAAAAGUUGCGCAAAUUGUUUGAUGGUGACUUUGAAGCAUUCGAGAAGGAGGAACAAUGUGAAUUUUUUAUUAAACAAAAAGAAACCGAUAAAAUAAUGCUUAUCGUUAGUGGACAAAUGGGACAGCAGAUUUUACCUAAAAUACAUAAUUCAACAUCAUUAACAUCGGUGAAAGGCAUUCUCACUAAUCAAAAUGAACUGAUUAACGAAGUUGAACAGGAGAAGAUAAUACAGACACAAAAAUACUCUAAUAAUAAUAAGGCACCACCACCUGUAAACACGCCUAUAAGCGGUUAUGAAAAGCAGAUGUUAUUGCCAUUGGAAGAAGCUUUGAAGCCAGUUGAAUCCAUCAUGGAAGAUCUACAGUAUCAUAUAAAAAUAGCCAAAGACCAUGCUAAAAAAUCCUCUCCUGAUGGAUUGACACAUGAUGAGUCGGCUUCAAUUAUGCUCUAUACCACUGAAUUCGGAGAAGCGUCUCUCUACACACAGCUGAACAAAGCGUUACGUGGCGAGCAGAGAUCUGAAAUUAAACCAUGGCUUCCGUAUUUAAAAAUAUUUAUGACGGCAUUACACAAAUUACCAAGCUUUCAAGGAGUAGUUUGGCAUGCCGUGAAACAGAACCUAAGAGAUCAGUAUAAAAGAGGAGAGCGUGGCGUCUGGUGGGGGGUAUCAUCUAUGGCUAUGGAUCCGCAAAUACUGGAGAGCUACAUACAAAAAACCGGCCCACGUACAGUUUUUACAGUUGAGUGUAAAAAUGGAAAAGAUAUUGGCCAGUACUCUCAGUUUCCGGAUGAAAAAGAAGUGAUGUUAAUGCCAGGAUUUUACUAUGAGGUUACCAGUGUGUUUGAACCCGCACAUGAGAUGUAUUUAAUUAGUUUAAAAGAGAUUGAUGCACCAUGGUAA